GAUCGGUGAUGCGCUGUGUCUCUGGGACACAGCGGAUCACCAAUCACAGUAAAGAGCCGAUGACACAGGCUCUAUCAUGUGAUCAGCUGUGUCCAAUCACAGCUGAUUCUCACUGAUCAUCAGGGCACUGAUCUUCAGUACCCUGAUGAUCAGUGUAGCCCCAUCAGUGCCACCUGUCAGUGCCCAUCAAUGCCACAUAUCAGUGCACAUCAAUGCCACAUAUCAGUGCCCAUCAGAGCUGACUUUCAGUGCUGCCUAUCAGUGCCAGUCAGUGCCGCCUAUCACUGCCAGUCAGUGCCACCUAUCAGUGCCACCUAUCAGUGCCCAUCAGUGCCACCUAUUAGUGCUAGUCAGU